GGAUGCUGCGAGACUGAGACGAAGACGCUAGCCGUUAGCCACGCGGCUUGCCAAAAGAAUUGCUUCGACACUGAGAAGACAGCUCCUGCAGCACGCCAAGGGGCUUCUCAGAAAGGAUACCGCAAAGCUGAAAAGAAGGCAACGACCGCAGCCGCAAACCAAGCGGCUUGUCAGGAGGGAUGCGGCGACACCGAGAAAGCCGCUACCGCAGCUGUGAGUCAGUCGGCUUGUCGGGAGGGAUGCUGCAACACCGAAAAGGCAACGGCCGCAGCCUCAAACCGAGCGGCUUGUCAGGAGGGAUGCAGCAACAUCGAGAAAGCCGCAACCGAGGCUGUAAGCCAGGUGGCUUGCCAGAAGGGAUGCUGCGACACCGAAAAGGCCACGACUGCAGCCUCAAACCGAGCGGCUUGUCAGGAGGGAUGUGGCGACUCUAAACGGGUGGUACUUGCUGUAGACAACUGUUGCGGUAGUAAAGUGGUGAAGGACGCCGAGGCCAAGCAAUCGUCUGUAAUCGAGAAGUGUUGCAGCGGCUCCAAAUCUCCUAAUGUCGAGAUCGAUGAUCUCAAGAAAGGGUGCGACGGAUCCCAUCUUGUAGCUUGCGAAAGUUUAGCGACUUCGGAUUACAGCUCCGGUCACAACCAUGCUCACUCCCACAAAUCAGUCGUUCGGAUGACAUAA